AUGCCGAUUUGUUCAGGCGAGUCGAGUAGAGGGGAAGAGUCUAAGCGGCCAAGCUUAGACGCCCGUUCAAACGAACAACGGGACGGCCGUUCAUCAUUCGGAGGCAACUCUAGAACCUACGACCGUGGUGGUCGGCGCGACGACCGCGAACGUGACCGCGACCGUGACUACGAUCGCGGCAACGACUCGCGAUACCCGCGCAGAGACCGCGGUCGUGAUUCAGGCUAUCAAAAUGGCGAUUCAGAGCCACAACGCUGGUCGGAGUCGUCCGAGAGAUGGGGCUCCUCGGGCGGCGGCGGCGGCGGCGGUGGCGGUGGCGGCGGCGGCGGCGGCGGCGGCGGCGGUGGGCGCAGCUCGGCCGGCGGAGCGGGCGCGUCGAGCCGCGAGUCGCGCGACGUGCGCCGCGACGAGGACUUCAACGAGCCGCCGCAGCCGCGCAACGACCGCUGGAAGGAGCCGGAGCCACGCGCUGACGACCGCAACAACUCGCGCUGGCCCUCCGAUGAUGUACGCCGCACGAGCAAUCGCAGGGACGAGAAUGAUUGGACGGUCCCGCUACCUCGCGACGAGCGGCAGGAGUUGGAGCUGUUUGGCACUGGAAACACAGGCAUCAACUUCUCGAAAUACGAGGACAUACCAGUUGAGGCCAGCGGAGAUCGUGUCCCAGAUUUCAUCACCAGUUUUGAGGAUGUUAACCUGACGGAAAUAAUGCGCCAGAAUAUAGCCUCCGCUCGUUACGACAAGCCGACACCAGUCCAAAAGUAUGCAAUCCCGAUCGUGCUGGCUAGAAGAGAUGUCAUGGCGUGCGCACAGACUGGUUCAGGAAAAACGGCCGCAUUCCUUGUGCCCAUCCUCAAUCAGAUGUACGAAGCUGGCCCCGUUAAACAUAUGGGACCAUGUAUCCGGCGCAAGCAGUACCCGCUGGGCCUGGUGUUGGCUCCGACGCGCGAGCUUGCAACGCAAAUAUUUGAUGAGGCUAGGAAAUUUGCCUACCGUUCUCGUGUGAGACCUUGUGUCGUGUAUGGCGGGUCCCCUAUACACGAGCAGUUCCGCGAGCUGGAGCGGGGUUGUCACCUGUUGGUUGCGACCCCGGGGCGACUCGUGGAUAUGCUGGUGCGCGGCCGCGUGGCGCUGGACCACUGCCGACAUCUCGUGCUGGACGAGGCUGACCGUAUGCUGGACAUGGGUUUCGAGCCUCAGAUCCGCAAGAUUGUCGAGAGCCACACGAUGCCAAAGACUGGCGAGCGCCAGACGCUCAUGUUCUCGGCGACUUUCCCUAAACAAAUCCAAGUGCUAGCGCAGGAUUUCUUAUAUAAUUAUGUUUUUCUUGCUGUUGGACGCGUCGGUUCCACAUCUGAAAAUAUCACCCAGAAGGUGGUAUGGGUGGAGGAAAUGGAUAAGCGUUCUUUCCUGUUGGAUUUGCUGAAUGCUUCCAACUUACUGCAACGUGCACGCCCGGAAGAGGAUCAACUGAUCCUUGUAUUCGUUGAAACGAAGAAAGGUGCCGACCAACUGGAAGUGUUCUUGGAUAACCUUGGUUACCCAGUCACGUCCAUCCACGGCGACCGAUCCCAGCGCGAGCGUGAAGAAGCUUUGCGCCGGUUCCGUUCCGGACAGACACCGAUUCUUGUCGCUACCGCCGUCGCGGCCAGAGGUUUGGACAUACCGCACGUGCGUCACGUGAUUAACUUUGAUUUGCCGUCGGACGUUGAAGAGUACGUGCACCGCAUCGGUCGUACCGGCCGUAUGGGUAACCUGGGCGUGGCCACGUCCUUCUUCAACGACACUAACCGUGGCCUCGCGCGGGACCUCGUUGAGCUCCUCGUUGAGGCAAAGCAGGAUGUGCCAAAUUGGCUGACGAGCACGGCAGCUGAUGGGCGUCUUGGUGGCGGCGGACGUCGGACUGGGAGCAGGUCUGGCGGGGGACGAUUUGCAAGCAGCGGCAGUGGCUUUGGCGCUAGAGAUUUCCGUACUCAAUCGCGUCAAACUCCACGAUCGGCAGGGCCGUCUACUAUUGGUUCUGGGUUCGGAUACGGCGGCGGGUCGUAUGGCGGUAACUACGGCGGGUCGUACGGCGGCGGCGGCGGCGGCGGCAGCAGCGGCGGCCCCGACUGGUGGGACUCGUAAGCGUCCGCUCGCACUCCGCAGACCUCGCACCGCACGCGACCCCGUACUCGACCCCUUCAUUCGUAACUUAAGCGAUGUGAAACGUUCUAGAUUAAUAUAUUUUAUUUUAAUUCGUAAACUGAUAGUUGGACUGAAAUUGACCUGUGACUAUUUAAUACGGUAAUGUUUGUACAAUAGAAGAGAGCGGUGCGACAGAGAGAUGUGUUUGGGCGCGGCCGGCCGCGGGCGCUGAAUCUCAGGUGCGCUGCCCGGUGGUCCGGUCGAGCCUUGUUUCUUAACUUCAUACUAUCACCAUGGACAUGCUUAACAAAUGUCUGUGAAUAUAUUCCGCGAGAAUGGUAGUUCGCGAUCAUUAAUGAAGUAAUCGAUUAGAUUAAAUUUGAUCACAUGUAUCGUUUGCGUCACGCGCGACGUGACUCGCACGUUUUGUCUUUUUUAGUAACGAUUAUGUGAAAGUAGUUUAUUAAUAUAGAAAUAUUUUUGAUGUCCGAUCUGUAUCGUGAAUUCGUAAGUGAACAAUGUAAUUGUGUAUUUUCGAUUUUCUAUUUUCUGAAGGUCUCAUAGCUGAACUCACUCAUGACACUGGAAUUUUGAAGCAUUUACGCACUCUAAAAUCGAUGUAGCUAAUGGAGCAGUAGAUUUAGAAAUUGAAAAGUACCGAUACAGUAUCAUAGAAAAUAAUUACUAAAUUUUAUCAGUAGAGAUCCCAUAUUGUAAUAUCUGUCUUCGACGUGAUCUAUUAUUUGAAUGUGAAUUUACCAAUAAAAAUUAAGAAACAGAA